AUGCCUCGUAUUUUCAUCAGUUUCUUAAAAAUCCUAUUUCUUUUCCAAAUUACUUAUUACAACAAUACAUUUCAAAGAGCUCGUAGAAGCUCAACUUCCAAAUUCGUUGCUGCAAUCCAUCCAAACUCCCCUAUGCUAGUUGCUAUUACUAUUUUACUCAAUACGAACUCUGAGAACAUAAGACUUUAUUUGGACUAUGUCUCCCAAUCAUAUUUGUUCAAGGACAAAUAUAACGACAUCCAACCGCCCAAUUUCCAAGAAGUAGACACAUCAGACAGAUCAUCCCAUCACGAUUUACGAGAUCCAUACAUCAAGUAUCCUAAAGGUAAUAGUCAGGAAUAUCUAAAGUAG